AUGCAACAGCCCUUUGGGGCCGAGUUCGCUUAUGCCCUUGGGACGGUAAUCGCCCCAUACUGCGAGGCGAUGGUGCAGCAAAGGUCCACUGCUGCAAUGGCUUCGUUCGUGCAGAACCUGAGGCCGGAGGAGGUGACGCAGGGCACGGACGAUCGCCGCCAGCAGCAGCAAAUGCUGUACGAGCACGCAGAUCAGCUGAUGCAGCAACACAUGCAGGCUACAGGGGCGAUGCCGGUGCAGGCAAGCGAGAAGCAGAAGCAGGGCAUGGGCGAGGGAUCCAAGCCGCAGGAUGGGCCCAAGGCGACGAAUCCUACGCCUCCGGCCGAUGCGAGCCCAUCGCAGCAAGAGCAGCCGAAGAUCACGGUGGAUCCACCUCCUUCGAAGGGCCAUGCAAGAAAGGUGGCCAGGUACAGGACGGAGGGCGGCACCUUGGAGGUCUUCCUCCGCUUUGUGCCGAAAGGCUGUGAAGCAGUCGAGCCGGCCGUGAUUGAAGGGCAGGGCUCUGAUGCCCCAGUGCCGGGCAGUGCUCAGGCCUCAAGCUUUGUGCCACCGCCUGCGAGUACGACUACGAAUGCACCGCCCCCGCCACCUCCGCCGCCCGACAGCCCGCCGCACAUGGAGUCCAGACCGAAGGUUCCGUCGCCAGCAGCACCGCCCAAAGCUCGGCCGCAGCAGUCCACGCCGGGCGAGAUCGUCGUGCUGCCGAAGCUUGUCAGGGCGAGAGCAAGCGACAAGCAGAGCAGCGGCACUUCGGCAGCGACCGCAAGCGAUCCCGUGGCGGCCAGUAUCGGCAUCAGUGGUGAGCUGUUGUCGCCAGCGGACGCCGAGGAGGAUAUGAAGAAGAUGGCAGCCAGGACCCCCGCCAAGGAAGGUGAGGGCAAGGAAGAGAAGCCGGAAACCCCGGCAUCGAAAAAACGCCGUGUUCGGAGACGCCUCUUCGAGACCCCCAAGAAGGAGUCUCCGGCCGCAAAGAGUGAAGUCUCGAACGGGGAUGACUCGGGCGAGGAUGGUGAUCUGUUUGCAGGCAGGUUUCGCCUCAAAGCCAGCAGCAGCUUGCCAGCGAAGCGAGAGGCCCUGAAUCGUGUGCCGUCCCGGUCCAAGAACAAGAGACGCCGGGCAGGGAGCAGUCCUGGACCCAACACCGGCUCCAAGGCCUCCGAAGCUACCAAGCAUGAGGAUUUUGAGCCUGAGGAUGGCCCUGCUUUGGAUGUCAAAGAGGAGGCUGAGCAGGCGAAGAAGCCUGCACCAGCCCCGCCGCCCCCCUUGCAGCCUGCCAGCGAGGUGGACUCCGAGGUCUUGCAGUUCCUUCCCAAAGGUCUUGCCGAGCCAGAUAUUGCCAUCAUCAUCGACAUCUUGAUUUCAGAGGACCUGCUGACGAUGCAAGAUUGCCAGGAGAACUUGGCGGAUCUGGAGACGAGCAGCUCGGCUCUCUUGGGCACGUCUGGAUUGCCUUCUUGCAGCAUUGACAGUGCCAUCUCAGGCGAUGUGCUUUCCAUGCUGGGGGCAAGUGGACAAGCUUUGUUCUCCAAGCUCACGAUCAAAGGGAAGCGAGGAUUUUUGGGGUGGCCAGCAAAGCUGAAGGCCAGGAGUUUCCUACAUCAGUUGUGCUUUCCUUGUCUCUGA